AUGGAAAAAGUAUGUCAACAAAAUUUGACAAAUUUACAACAUAGCAACAUUGAGCUGAAAGAAAAUCUUUCAUUAUGCAUGAUUGAAAUUGAAAGCAGUACAAAACUUAAGGAAGAGAAAGAAGUCACAGCACAACUCAACUCACAAAAAGAGGCGUUACAAAAGAAUUUAACUGAAUGUGAUGUAAAAGUUUCCCAUCUUAGUUUGAAUAUUGAUUCAUUGCAAUCUACACUUGACGAUUUCCAAAAGAGUAUGAAUACUCAACUGCAAAGCUCUCAAAAUAAAUUCAGAGACGUGGAGUCAAUUUUAAGCAACUGCCAAUCUUUUUUAAGUCUCAGUGAAAUUCAAGUCGCAGAGUGCAACUCUUACGUAAAGAGCAAUAAUGAAAAGAUUCACGACAUGGAAAGAGUAUGUCAACAAAAUUUGACAAAUUUACAACAUAGCAACAUUGAGCUGAAAGAAAAUCUUACAUUAUACGACAACUGUCCACCCUUUGGCAACGUAACAGAUGCUAAGUUAAUAUCCGUACCCAACCAGCAACCUUUAAAAGUGCCCUGCACCGUAGACAGUGAUAACUAUGUCUGGUCAGUUAUUGAGCGUCGGUUGGACCAAAAUCUAAACUUUAACCGUGGCUGGAAGGAAUACCGCGAUGGGUUUGGAAACUUUAAUGGCGAGUUCUUUAUCGGACUGGAAAAAGUGCAUCUGAUGACAUCGUCAAAACCUCACAAGCUGUUAAUACGUUUAGUUUCUGAAGGUGAAACUCGAAACGCCAUUUACAGCAACUUUAAAAUUGGCAGCGAGAAUGAGGGCUAUCCAAUAACAUCACUCGGCACAUAUUCAGGAGAUGCUGGCGAUGGAUUGCGGGAAAGUCUAAAUCAAAAGUUUAGCACCUUCGAUCGCGAUAAUGAUCAAGUCGAGGAUGUUAACUGCGCUAAGGAUGCGAAAGGAGGCUGGUGGCUUACGGAAUGUGGCAAGUCAAAUCUGAACUUUAACCGUUAUCAAAAAGUGCUCUGGAACGAUCUGCUGGACAGUCCAGUUUCUGUAGAAAUCUCGAUACGGCCAACAGAUAUUGCGAACAAUUAA